GACAAGAAAAGUCUUACAUAUUGACGAAUUUAAAGCCAUUAUUAUUACUUACGAACCAAAAACAAAACAAUUUCCUUUCUCGUGUCGUGUGUGUGAUUUAUCGAUAGAAAAUAACGAGUCAAGAACUAAUCGUCCUUUUCCAAAAACUCGUUACCUUCUCGGUACUCUCCGUUUCUUCUCCCUUUUUCUUUCCAUCGAACUUUCCCCAUUUCCAUUCUCAUUCUCUCUCUUUUCCAUACAUUUUCAUUCAUUCAUAUUCCCAUAACAAUUCAUACAUAUAGAUACAACCAUUAGAUAUACUGAGAAACAAAGAGGGACUAACCAAAUGGCGCCAAACGCUUCGGUGGUGAAACAAGCGGAGCUGUUAAGAAACGACGGUAACCAUUACUUCAAAAAAAGCCGUUUUGGUGCCGCCAUCGAUGCUUACACUGAGGCAAUUACGCUUUGCCCUAAUGUUCCGGUUUAUUUUACGAAUCGUGCUCUGUGCCAUCUCAAGCGCAAUGAUUGGGAGAGGGUUGAGGAAGACUGUAGAAGGGCAAUUCAGCUGGACAGCAAUUCGGUUAAGGCACACUAUAUGUUGGGUCUUGCGUUGCUAGAGAAAAAAGAACUUACGAAAGGAAUCAAAGAAUUGGAAAGGGCUUUGAAUCUUGGGAGAGGGGCCAAUCCAAAGGGCUAUAUGGUAGAAGAAAUAUGGCAAGUGCUCGCAAAGGCAAAAUACCAAGAGUGGGAACGUUCUUCGUCCCAACGAUCAUGGGAAUUGCAGAGCUUAAAAGAAGCUUGUGAGUCUGCUCUAAAGGAAAAACAUUUUCUCGGAGUCUCUGAGAUGGAAGGAUUUGUUGAUGAUGCUACAACUUCCCAUUUGAAACAUUUGGAGGCUUUAGAAACAGUCUUCAAAAAAGCUGCAGAGGAUGACACGCCUUCUGAGGUGCCAGAUUAUCUAUGCUGUAGAAUAACACUUGAUAUUUUUCAUGAUCCUGUAAUCACUCCAAGUGGACUUACAUAUGAGAGGGCAGUGAUUCUUGAGCAUCUUCAGAAGGUGGGUGGAUUUGAUCCGAUCACGAGGGAACCACUUGAUUCAUCACAGCUAGUACCAAAUUUGGCCAUUAAGGAAGCCGUCGAGGAAUACUUGGAAAAGCAUGGAUGGGCGUACAAGAUAGAUUAGCAAAGGAUUAAGUUGAAAAUUAACAGUUCAUGGCAGAUUUUGUUUGUUCAGCAAAUGCAGCAGAAUGCAAAUGUGGCUAAUUCGAUAUGCUAAGUCCAUCUUAUUAUGAAGUGUACAUAUAAGGUUUUGACUUUUGACAUUUUGUGUAAAUAGUAGUCUACUCAAUUUGUGUAUACAUGCAAUUGUCUGGUGAAACUUACCAUUUCAUAUGCUUAGAAAUGACUAUCAAACUAAUUAGUUUGGCCAA